AUGAAUUUCUUGAGAAGACGCCUCUCAGACAGUAGUUUUGUGGCCAACUUGCCAAAUGGUUAUAUGAUGGACCUUCAGCGUCCUGAUAAUUCCACCAGCAAUCCUGUUUCCCCAGCCACAGAAAGGAGGCAGCAGCCCUCGCAGCAACCUCCUCCUCUUUCUUCUGGAACCAGCAUCUUUAGCUCCAUCUCCAGUGCCAUGAAGCAGGGCACACAAGCAGCAGCAGGACUAACAGAGCCGACAGCAAGCCCUGCUCCUGUUGUUCCGCAGAAACCCCAAAUCCUCUUAGUAAUUGAUGAUGCACACACAGAUUGGGCUAAGUAUUUUCAAGGGAAGAAGGUGAAUGGGGAAUUUGAGAUCCGAGUGGAACAGGCAGAGUUUUCAGAACUGAAUCUGGCUGCAUAUGUAUCUGCUGGCUGUAUGGUGGACAUGCAGGUCAUUAGGAAUGGCAGUAAAGUGGUCAGAUCUUUCAAGCCCGACUUUGUUCUUGUCCGGCAACACGCUUACAGCAUGGCUCUAGGAGAGGACUUUCGCAGCCUUGUCAUUGGCCUCCAAUAUGGUGGUGUCCACAGUGUUAAUUCUUUUUUCUCCAUCUACAACUUCUGCAGCAAACCCUGGGUGUUCUCUCAGCUAAUCAAUAUCUUCAACACUCUGGGUCCCGAGAAGUUCCCUCUUGUGGAGCAAUCAUUCUUUCCAAGCCAUAAGCAGAUGAUCACAACUCCAACUUUCCCUGUUGUAGUGAAGCUGGGGCACGCUCAUGCCGGAAUGGGGAAGGUAAAAGUUGAGAACCAGCAUGACUUCCAAGACAUUGCAAGUGUGGUAGCCAUGGCCAAAACAUAUGUCACAACGGAGACCUUCAUUGAUUCCAAAUAUGAUAUCCGAAUCCAGAAAAUUGGCACCAAUUACAAAGCUUACAUGAGAACAUCGAUCUCAGGAAACUGGAAAGCAAACACAGGUUCUGCCAUGUUGGAGCAGAUCGCCAUGACUGAGAGGUAUCGACUCUGGGCAGACUCUGUUGCAGAGAUGUUUGGUGGCCUUGACAUUUGUGCAGUCAAAGCUGUCCACAGCAAGGAUGGGAAGGACUAUAUCAUUGAGGUGAUGGACAGCUCAAUGCCCCUGAUAGGGGAGCAUGUGGAAGAAGACAGGCAGCUAAUUGCAGAUCUGGUUGUCUCCAGAAUGACUCAGAUGGUCCUGACAGUGGGAUCUUCUCCUUCACCUCUGAGGCCUUGGCCUCAGCAGGUGUCAGUGAAAUCACAAAUGCCAUCUCAGCCAGGACCUCAACUUGGACAGCUAUCCCAACCCCGACCGCCUCCUCAAGGGGGCCCACGCCCGCCUCAGGGAUCACAGCCUCCACGUGCAGUGGCUCCACCCCAGCAAAGGCUCUCUCCACAAGGUCAACAGCCUCCAAGUCCCCAGUCCACCUCCCCACAGCAGCAGAGGUCACCUGGAUCUCCCCAGCAAACCAGAUCAUCUGCUGGAAGCUCACCUAGCCAGCCUUCCAAACCAGCUGUCUUCCCCCCACAGCAGCCUAGACCUCCAGCCCAAGGACGAGCUCCUGGCCAGCAAGGCUCUGGUGAACCAUCCAAGCAGCAAGCCCCUUCUCAUCCUCAUCUAAACAAAUCACAGUCUUUGACAAAUACCUUCAGCCUCUCAGAAACUUCCCAGAGGGGAAACCCCAACGAGGAUGAGGCAAAAGCUGAAACCAUCCGCAACCUGAGAAAAUCAUUUGCUAGCCUGUUUUCUGAUUAAUUUCCUUUCCACCUGUCAGAGGAUUGUUUUUAUUUAUUUGCAAACCUCCCAAUGUUUUUAUAUUGAUCUAUCCAAUGUCGUUUCUUCCCAAGGGCCCAAAUCACACAUAAAGCAAAGAAGGAAAAGCCAAAAAUCAGUGACAACUUGCUCACACCCAUUCCUGUUGGCCUUGCUUCACAACCUCCCAACACCCAAAUAGUGCGUAUCCAUAUGCAUUGGCACAAUGCAUGGAAUCUCUAACCAUCUCACAACUUUAGAGUCAAAGUUCACAUAUGAGGGAGGGGUUGGAACCCAUGACUCCCUCUCAGUGGGGAGCCUUCCUCAUAGCAAGCCUCUCACUUUAUGGGAACUGUCAGAUCCACCCCAUGUGGCCUAUUUAUAUUGCAAUGUAUGUGAAAUACUUUGAACCCUCUAAAGGAUUACACAAGAACUGUUAUUUGCCCCUGCAUUAUUUGGACUGUAAGGCAAGUGUAUUGAUGACAGGCAACUGUAGUCAGUCCACAAUCUUACUGCCUCACUAUCCAUUCACCUUAUCCACUUUGCUGUAUGCCUGAACAAGCCCAGAGUAUAUAAGCAGUAUCCUUUCAAGAUACCCAACAGCUGUUUUUUUGUUGUUUAUACAGAACUUUAAAUAUGUCUGUUUUCAAUUUAUUCAGUUUGCAGGAUUACAGCAUUGUUUAAAACCUCACCCAUGUAACAGGCUUUUCCAUGUAACCCCUAUUGAAACAGAGCCAUCCCUUAAAUUCUUAAGUGAGAGAAUCACCCAGUUAUCUUUGUAGAAUCCUUCUUGCAGAGCCAACGUCCUUGGCACAGAAAGGUAGAGUCUUUUUGGCACACACUCAGAGCACUGAAUUACUGUAUCCCAAUUCUACAAGAAAAGGGAUUGUUCAGUUUCAGGGAACAAGUGAGGAGAGCAGCAGUUACAGGCAACGAAAUUUUUUGCAGUAGCUGUUAAUUAAAACAGGGUCCACACACCAUACUGCCAUCCAACUUCAGUAUUUGAUGGCAUGGAAUGGGUCACAACUAUAGUGAGGACUUGUCAUGUUUGUAUCAGUACUUUGUUGCAGACAUUGCUGGAGGAGUUUCCUACGGUG